AUGUACCACGCUGUUGCCUAUGGUACUAUGCUUCAUCUUCAAGCAACAGCCACGUUGGAACCCAGUGAUUUGGAUGAGGCGACAAGUAGCAUCAAGUACGCCGUGAAGGCAUGCAUGAAGAAGCGAAGGAAGGCCAAAUUUGCUGACAACUUUGCAAAAUCUACAAGCAAAGCAAAAGCCGCCUUCUAUGCAGCCUAUUCGGAUGGUAAGACAAUUGCAUUCCAGUCUCUACUUAGCCUUUAUUUACUCAACAAUUCAUCCAACUACCUCUCACCUCAGUCAGGGUUUGUUUGCUCAUACAUGUGA